CCAUCUUCGCGCACUUUCAUCCACACAAAGGCAGACAUGAGCGGGGCCAAAGCCGACAAGGUCUCCGGCGGCUCCGCGGCUCCUUCGCGGGAGCGCAUGUCCGGCGGAGCGGUUCUGAAGAGGCUCCGCUCCCGCAGGAGUCAAGCGGACAGCAGGCCCGUCACGGAGGACGACUUGCGGGCACGGAGCGGACACGCCACGCCGGAGGAUGUCCUCGGACUGCGGGGGGCGACACGAGGCUACCUCUGUAAACCCCAGGACAACAUCUACAACGUCGACUUUGUGCGCUUCAAGAUCAGAGACCUGGACUCAGGAACUGUCCUGUUUGAGAUCGCCAAACCGCCGCAUUCAGAGGAAGACGAGGAAAACCGAGCGGCAGACGCCAUCGCAGGCCGUUUCGUGCGCUACCAGUUCACCCCGGCAUUCCUCCGCCUGAGGACGGUGGGAGCCACGGUGGAGUUCACCGUCGGCAACCGGCCCCUGAACAAUUUCCGAAUGAUUGAGCGCCACUACUUCCGAGAUCGCCUCCUGAAGACCUUCGACUUUGACUUUGGCUUCUGCAUCCCAAACAGCCGAAAUAGCUGCGAACACAUCUAUGAGUUCCCUCAACUGUCCGAGGGCUUAGUGCGUCAGAUGGUGGAGUGUCCCUACGAGACUCGCUCUGACAGCUUUUAUUUUGUGGACAACAGACUGGUCAUGCACAACAAGGCGGACUACGCCUAUCACGCAGGACAGUGAUGUCUGCCUUUUACACACACACACACACACACACACACACACACACACACACACACACACACACACACACACACACACACACACACACACACACACACACACACACACUUGUAUUUGUUACCUUCUUGAGACCUCCGACAAAUGCCGACCUCUAGUAUUAUAAUCCAUCCAUCCAUCUUCUUCCGCUUAUCCGAGGUCGGGUGGCGGGGGCAGCAGCCUAAGCAGGGAAGCCCAGACUUCCCUCUCCCCAGCCACUUCGUCCAGCUCUUCCUGUGGGACCCCGAGGCGUU